CUGAAUGCAACAAUUAUACAUGUAGCAGUAAAUAAAAUAGUGAGAAUCAAUUUUAAAAUUUGAUGAUAUCGAGGACACAGAUCGUAUUGCUGGCCAAGAGCUCUUCCUUAUCUCUUCCUUUACUUUAUUAUACUCGUAUCUCUCCUCUCUUCUUUCUCCCUGACUUGCUCUCCUCGAAGCUCGAGCUCUCCGUCAGCACCCGCAGCUAUGUUCAUUAUUUUCUGAGCCUACUUACCUAAAAGUGCAAACUGCAUCCAAGUUUUUGUGCUCACAUGUACUCUCUUCUCAACUCCUCAAGUAUAUAAAUCUCUAUUUCCAAAAAUAUCUCAGGGUUUCAUCAUAAAAAAUGGUGACUAAACGAGAUCGGCCGCCUGAGAAAGGCCAAGGUUCGUCGGCGGCGAAGAUGUGGAUUGAAGAUCAGCCGGACACAAUGGACGAGCUUCUCGCUGUGUUGGGAUACAAAGUUCGCGCCUCGGACAUGACUGUUAUUGCCAAGAAGCUUGAACAGCUUGAAGUGGCUAUGGGGAUUGAUACUGUACACGGCGCUACUCACCUCUCUGAAACCACUCAUUACAAUCCUGCUGAUAUCUCCACUUGGGUGGAGAGUAUGUUGACUGAGCUCAGUCCCUCCGUGUCGGAGACUCACUCUAGUUUAAUCCAUGAUAAUCAUUCCGAGUACGAUCUUCGAGCCAUUCCAGGCGGUGCUAUUUAUGGCGGUGAUAGUAGUACUAGUAGUGGUAGUAAGAGAAUGAAAGUUAGUGAGAGUUGUGUUGUGGAAUCAGGGCCAGGUCCUUUGGUUGUUGAUUCUCAGGAGGCUGGGGUGAGGCUUGUGCAUACUUUGUUGGCUUGUGCUGAAGCGAUUCAAGUCGAUGAUUUGAAGCUCGCGGAUGCGCUGGUGAAACAUGUGAGCUUACUCUCGACUUCGCAAGUUGGGUCCAUGAGGAAAGUGGCGAGUUAUUUCGCUCAUGCGUUGGCGAGAAAGAUUUAUAAGAUUUUUCCGAAGGACUCUCUCGAGGUUUCGUUUUUGGACAUGUAUCAGAUGCAUUUUUAUGAGUCGUGUCCGUAUUUGAAGUUUGCGCACUUUACGGCGAAUCAGGCUAUUCUGGAGGCCUUUGCUGGGUGUAAUCGGGUUCAUGUGAUUGAUUUUGGAUUGAAGCAAGGGAUGCAAUGGCCGGCGCUUCUGCAAGCGUUGGCUUUGCGGAAUGGCGGACCUCCUAGUUUUAGGUUAACUGGGAUUGGUCCGCCACAGCCGGAUAAUACCGAUGCAUUGCAGGAAGUGGGCUAUAAAUUAGCCCAGUUGGCGGAAUCCAUCGGAAUUGAGUUUGAAUUCCGUGGAUUCGUCGCCAACUCCCUGGCGGAUAUUGAUGCUUCGAUGCUGAAUAUCCGUCCCAGGGAGGAAGAGGCCGUGGCUGUGAACUCGGUUUUUGAGCUUCACAGGCUAUUGGCCCGGCCUGGCGCAAUUGAAAAGGUACUGAAUUCAAUCAAGAAAAUGAAUCCUAAAAUAGUUACAGUCGUUGAGCAAGAAUCAAACCACAAUAGUCCAGUGUUCCUGGACAGGUUUACCCAGGCUUUGCAUUAUUAUUCAACAAUGUUUGACUCGCUCGAGACGACCGGGUUCACUCAGACUAAUGACACUCAAGAUUUACUCAUGUCAGAUGUGUACCUAGGAAGACAGAUCUGUAACGUGGUAUCAUGUGAAGGACCUGACCGAGUUGAGCGACACGAGACACUGACUCAGUGGAGGACCCGGAUGUGUGAGGCCGGGUUUGACUCGGUUCACCUCGGGUCCAACGCAUAUAAGCAGGCUAGCAUGCUAUUGGCUCUAUUUGCUGGUGGGGACGGGUACCAGGUGGAAGAAAAUGACGGGUCACUUAUGUUGGGUUGGCACACUCGCUCGCUUAUUGCUACCUCGGCCUGGCAACUCGUUGGACCCGUUUGAUGAGUCAACUCGGUGGUCCGAGUUAGAUCGGACAAACUUAUGACUGCCUUUUGUAAUAAAAGAAGUGGGUUGCUGAUGUGGCGGUGAGAAGUUUGAUGGACAGUGAUGGUGACAGGGACAGCGCGUCAAAUCCUGUUUUUUAAAUUAUCAUGAUAAAAUAUAUAUUUUGUACCACUUGUUUUCCAGGUCAGCUGGCUUUUACACUUACCUAUUUAAAUAGUAAUUUAUAUAUUUGGUUUUUCUUCUGGACUCUCA